AUGGGGGUUAUACACCUCUUCACUUGGCAACUCAGUUUGGCAGACAAAACAUCUACGAGCUUCUUUGGAAUGUUUACAAGGCCAAUCGUGACAUUAUGGAUUGGAGUGGUAACAAGCCGUUGGAUUAUAGUCGUCAACGCCCCAGCGUCUCGGCCUCAACCUGUAGUAAAAUUCAAGCGAUGCAACUCAGCAGCGGACACAACGGCACCUGGAGAAAUCAAAGCGAGAAAAAAGCAAACAAUCGAAAAAGAUUUGGGCUUCCUGCGGAUUGGAUCGCUGAAUGUUCGAGUAAAGAAAACCACAGAAGCCUUCAGCAACUUCUUGGGAGUGGGCAAUGGCAGUGGAAUGAAUCCGUAUGGCCAUGGGGCGGCAACCGAAGCCACUCGCCAUCACCAGCGAACUCACCGUCACCCUCAUCAGCGUCAUCAUCAUCCUGUCAAUGGUACGACACGGGAUCAUCGAAUCUCUCAGAAUCAGAGAGCAUCGGCGACUGUACCCUACGGGAUGAAUAACAUCCUUGGCUCCCGUUCGAGUGUGCCCAUCAACCACAAUAUCUACGAUGCCGUGCACAAGUCCUGGGGAUCGGCUGACAACAUCACACAACGCUCAGAGAACCUAAUGCCACCACCAAAGUCGGUGGACUUUAUAUCGAAACGUUAUAGAUCCUCGAAACGUUCGUCGUAUGCUUCGAAUGCGACUGAUUCACCACGAGACUCGAUCUGCUCGUCCAAUUCCAGUUCCAAUCUUAACUCCGGCUACAGCAGCAUGCCCACGACUCCCAAUCAAAUACGCGCACCCAAAACUAUUGGUGGGGCAUCCUUGACAGCUGAUUCCGAUUCAGAUUCAGCUUGUGGCUUUGACUCCAAUUGGUCAGUCAAUGGGCGAAACUCAAUGAAACCUUAAUUUUCUAUAAAAGAAAUAACAUUCGCAUUUUUUUUAAUUUCACAAAUCUAUAAUAUUAAGUUUGAAUCUCUUGAGAAAUUGACGAUUACUAAAAUAAAUCAAUUGAAUAUUGUACUGUCUAUGAUUCUAUUUCAUUAUAAUCAUUAUUAUAACGUACGGAAUUCAUUAACAAUUAUUUAGUGUUACGAAAAGCAGUUCAAUGCCACAUUGAAUUCAAAUCUUUCAUUAAUAAGGAUUUAAAAAAAAUAUCAGUUGAAUGAAAAUUAAAUAUUUUUAUAAAAAAAUCUUUUAGAAAAAUAAGAUACAAUCAUUUGAAUUGUGAGUAAAUAUAUACCAUCUAGAGAGCUAUAAGUGUAGAAUUGAAUAAUCUAUACACAGAUGGAGAUAAAUAAUUUAAUUGAUGUUUAAUCGUUAUAAUUUUAAUUUUUUAAUCCUCUAAAAACCUUACAUUCUGAACGAAAGAAUCUGCUAUAAGAAUGUUCAUUACUAAAACAAAUUAUAUUGGCUAUAAAAUCGUGGAAAUCACAAUUCAAAAUCCCAUUGAAAAAUCUACACAAAAUAGUAAAUAAGAAUCCUGUAUGCCUAAAUAUUGUGCUAUGUAAAAAAACCAGCCUAUAGAAUUCUUGAACUCUGAAUGAGAGAAUCUUUGGGAAUAAACUAAUAUCUGUUUUACGAA